UCUACUCCCAACGUCCUUCAGUCGCGUCGUUCGUCAUCCAUACUCCGUCAACCGCCGUUGAGCGCCACUCCUUCAACCUUCCACUUUCUUCUCCCUUUCUCUCCAAACUUCUCACUCUUCCUUUCCUCCAUUGUUGAUCUUUUAAAAGCCCAUUCGACCUUCACAGCAUAGCAAUCUCUCAAUUGUCUCUAUACAAACCCACAUUGCGUCGCCGCUGUAAGGAAUUUCACAACCGCUGCGGCCACCGCACGAGAGAAUCAACACCAUAAUUGUGAUCCUCUCCCCGCCUUCUCCCUCCCGACUGUUCACUUGCGAUUGGAUCAACAAACUGCCACGAUUGCAUCCGUUAUGAGUUAUAAUAUGGCGUAAAGAAAAUAUCUGAAGUGCGGUUGGUUUAAAAGAGCAACGAAGAUAACGGUGCGCGGCUAUGGACCCAUCUAUAGUGAAGCUUCUUGAAGAUGAUGAGGAUGAAACUAUGCAUUCAGGGGCAGACGUGGAAGCGUUCCAAGCUGCAUUGAAUAGAGACAUAGGAGGAGAUGCUUCUAAUUCUCAGCUUUCUGAUCUGGAUGCAGGAAGCAAUAAUUCAUUCAGUCAAUCAUUACCACCGUGGCCAACUUCUGUCCAUGACAACCAGUCCGACUGUCAAAAUCAGGAGCCUGAAAUUGCACAACAGCAAGAGCAACCUUCAUCUGACAUGGAGCUGAAGCAACAAGGACCUGUCGUGGAACAAAUACAGAAUGUUGCAUCACAGGAGGCAAGUAAUCUUCCUUUAUCACAUAAACAAUCUCAAGAUGAAUGUCUCCAAGGUCAAUCUGUGCCUGCUUCCCACCAAAAUUCUCAAACAAAUGUAGUUCCGAAAUCUGAAAAAGAUCCCGUCUUUAACCAUGAAACAAUCAAAACAAAUAGUCCUAACUGUGAAUCUCAGUAUGCAAAGCUGCAGCAGAUGAGUAACCAACAAGCCACAGUCAAUGAACAACCUAGUAGCCAAAUCAAUCGUAGUAAACAGGUGCCAUUUGGUCUUUUGCUCCCUAUCUUGAUUCCCCAACUUGCCAAAGACAGAGCUAUGCAACUUCAAACUUUAUUUAACAAAUUGAAGAGAGAUGAAAUACCCAAAGAUCAUUUUGUACGGCUUAUGAAAGGCAUUGUGGGGGAUCAGAUGCUUAGAAUAGCAUUAACAAAAGUGCAACAACAGACAAGAAGCAACCCAAGUUCUUCUGGACAGCAGCACCCUGUAAGGAUGCCAACUGUUACUUCCAGUGCCACAAAAUUGAAUGAUCCCCAUGCAUUAGCACAGCUGCAUCAGAGAAGUAUGAAUGCUGCUGCAGACCAUUCUCAUACCUCUUCAGCUGUACAAGUGAAGAGUGAGCCGACCUAUUCAACUACGGACAUUAGUGCUAAAAAAGCUCAGGAACAGGAUGUUCGAGUAGUGCAGCCAAAUCAAUUACCAUUGUCUAGUUCUAAUGCUGUUAGUCAAGAAAUUGAUAGAUCAUCAGUUCACUUACAAGGACUUAAUAAGCAGCAACAACAACAUAUACAUUUCCCAGGGACAUAUGGAAGUAGUGGUGGUAGUUAUAGCCCUUUUUCUGGGACAACCACUGGAUCAUCAUCAUCUCUCAGAUCACAAUCUCAUCCUCCUGAUUCACACAUAAGGCAAAUUCCACAUCAGAGCACUGGUCUAAAUCCCUUAGGUGUAGAACGGCAUAGUUCUUUCAAUGAUCCCAAGAGAAUGCCAGGUGGAUCUGUAUCGACUGUGGUAAACAAUACAACUUCACAACAAACUUCAAAUUCUUGGCAACCAUCAGUAGAACAAAAUUCGGGCUUGUUUUCAUCUGUUUCACAUGUAAAAAAGGAACCUAAUGACCUUUCUAUUGAGCAGCAACAUAGGCAUCAUUUAUCUAAAUUACAUGGGUUGCCUUCUGUUAAUUCUGCACAAACUGAACAUGGUAGUGGUGUCAAUCAAGGCACUGUAAAGGAUGAGUUUUCAAGAGGUUCUUUAGCAUCCAAUAGCACGCCCCAUACGACAUCUGGUAGCUUGCCUGCGCCAAAUUCUGCUCCCUCUUCUGCAUCUCAACUAGAUCCAACUGUCACUUUAAGCUCUCAGAUCCCAUCUAGCACUUUGGGUCUUAUGACAAAGACACCACUAAAGAAACCUCCUCUUGGCCAGAAGAAGCCACUUGAAGCACUUGGUUCUUCACCUCCUCCUCCGAGUAAGAAACAAAAGGUGUCUGGGGCAUCAAUGGAACAAAGCAUUGAUCAGCUUAAUGAUGUUACGGCUGUUAGUGGUGUUGAUCUUAGGGAGGAGGAAGAACAGUUAUUUUCUGGGGCCAAGGAGGACAGUCGAGUUUCAGAAGCAUCUCGAAGAGUUGUGCAAGAGGAGGAGGAAAGUCUGAUUUUGCAGAAAGCUCCAUUGCAGAGAAAAUUGAUUGAGAUUAUGACCGAGUGUGGCUUGAAGGGCAUGAGUAAUGAUGUGGAAAGAUGCUUGUCACUGUGUGUAGAGGAGAGAAUACGUGGAGUAAUAAGUAACAUAAUUAGAAUGUCAAAGCAGCGGGUUGAUAUUGAGAAAACAAGACAUCGGACUGCUGUCACUUCAGAUGUUCGACAGCAAAUCAUGGCAAUGAAUAAGAAAGCAAGGGAAGAGUGGGAGAAAAAGCAGGCUGAAGCAGAGAAGCUCCGGAAACCGAGUGAUGUAGAUGGUAGUUCCGGAGUUGAUGGUGACAAGGAGAAAGAUGAAGGUCGCAAUAAAGCAACAAAGGUGAACAAGGAAGUAGAUGACAAGAUGAGGACUAAUGCUGCAAAUGUUGCGGCUCGAGCUGCUGUUGGGGGACCUGACAUGCUGUCUAAGUGGCAACUUAUGGCCGAGCAAGCCAGGCAGAAACGUGAAGGGGGGAUGGAUGCUGUAUCUGAUUCUCAGCCAACUAAAGACGUGAAUCGCAAAUCUCCAUCACCAGGAAGGAGCACAAAAGAUAAUCAAGAAAGGGAGAGAAAAGGUCCAACUUCUCAUGGGAAUUCAGCCGCUGCUAGGAAAUUUGGGAAAAACCAUUCCCCUGGAUCUCAAACUCGCGUAGCUCGUAGCAUCUCUGUGAAGGAUGUGAUUGCCGUCUUGGAGAGGGAACCUCAGAUGUCCAAAUCAUCACUCUUAUAUCAAUUGUAUGAGAGAAUUCAUGCUGAUGCUUCCAAUGAAUAAGGACCCGUGAAGAGAAAGGCCCAAAUUGAGAGGGAAAUGCUGAAUUGGCAAGUUAGUUAGAGGAAGGGAUAUACGCAUAGCAGGCGAAUUCGUUUAGGAGAGUGUGAAUAAAUGAGUGCGAACUGGCAGAGGGAAUGUCUUUCUGAAGGAGCACUUGCUCUGGGAUUAUAGAGAUCACUCUCUGUAAUAGUUCUUAUUUCAAGGUUGUUUUGAAGAGGGGUGUAAUGUUAGUAUAUACAAAUAGGGAUAAUUAGAAGUUUGUUAGUAGUUGUGUUCCUAGGUUGUUAGUAGUGGUAUAGGUGUACCUACUUUGGUGUUUUCGUUAUUAGUUAGUUAUCUAGGACCUAAUCCCUAUCCAAAUGUAGCGGAAGUCUAUAAAUAGAGGCCUCCACCAUUUUAGAAAGGAGCUUUUAUCAACUUUAGAAAUUGAGUGGUGUAAACCAUUGUAUCCGUUCUUGUGUAUCAUUCUUUUGGGAGAGGUUCUCUCUUAUUAUUUCUUAUCUUUUCUUUCUAAAUAAUAGUGUUCUUCCUCUAAAUCAAAGAAUCCAAUUCUUGGGUUCCUAAUAUUUUCUUUUUAUCUUGAAUUCAGUUCCAUAUCAAUGAUAGAGUUAUGUGUGUUGCUAUAUCAAAUUAAGUAGCAUUUAAUGUUUCAAUCUCCAAAUAUUUAGUAGUGGGUGCAUU